AUGGGCGGAGCUCAGAGCAGCAGCCUCGCUAGCGCCUUUGGUUGCCAUGGUACUCAGGGAAACGCAAAACAAUCCAUAUAACUAAUUUUUCAUGUUUUUUUUCUUUUAAAACCUUACAAGUGGAUGGUUUAUUUUAUUUGUUAAAAAACUUGGUGAUGAAAGCACUAUUCAUUACUUCCAGGAGAUUUCUUCUUUUUUUCAGUCGAAAAUCAGAAAAUGAGCAAAAAAUUGGACGAAGACUUUUACGGAGGAUUCGACGACUACGAACACGCCUAUGACAUACAGGUUCUUUUUUUCAAGUUAUUAUUUUUUUUCUUUUCUAUGAAAAACUUAUUUAAACUUGAUUUUUUUCACAGAAUAUCACUCAAGAUCGAAGUUUUCAACAAGCUGUGGCACGGUCAAGUCAUGGACGGCGACCGGUUCGUUUUUUUUCCUUUCAAUUUUAUGGUUUUGAAACAAAUAGAUGAAUUUUCAACAAAGUGUGUACUUUGAACUUUGUCUCUGUAUAAAUUUCUUUUUCUGCGUAAACUUGGUGUUCAUUUUGUUUAUGAUGACUUCAAAAAAAUUCAAAAAAAUCAGUUCGAUAGAUAUUUUUUUCUCAGGUAGUUUCUUCUUCCAUAUUAUCAACAAGAUAAACAUUAAAAAAAGAAUGAUAGUGCAAUUUAAUCACAACAAAUUCGUAUUUUUAAAGCAACAAUCGGAAAAAAAUCGAACCACGGAAAAUUCAUUCCCUUUUUUUCAGCUAAAAUACUGAGAAAAUUCUGAAAUACAAUCGAUAUUAAAAUUAAGGUAGCCUCACAAAUGGGCCUCCGAGCGCCUUCUUCCUAUGGACAAGCGCCACCAACAAGUUUCGGGGCCGCCGUCGGGAAUCAAUCCUCUUAUGGUAUUACCUAACUUAUUUCGAAAAAAAAAACUAAAAAUGGAAAAGAGAUUAUAAAAAAAGAAAAAUGAUAGGAAGAAGUCGCGCGGGUGGAAGAACUGCGGCUGGAAUGAGAAACGAACCGGCGAGACCGAUGACGGCCGUUAGAGCCGCUGGCUACACUUCUUUUGCCAAUAAAGGUGACUUUUGAAAAUCUUCAUUUAAAAGUUGCAGUAGCAUUUUCUCUUUUCAGACUAAGUUUCAAGUUGUUUUCUUCUGAUUUAGCUAGUUUGACCAAAAAAAAAACGUGGUUUUUUAUUCAUCGGUAUGCUCGGAGACUACAGUGCUAUAUAUAAUAACCUUGUAACAUUUACGAAAAAACUAGCACUCAAAAGAUAUUAUAAGUGUCGAACGAAAUUUCUGAACAGACCUAACUUGAAAAACUUCAGUACAAGCGUCCGAAGCAGUCAAGGCGAGUGAAACAAAAAGUGAUACGUGAGUAUUAUUUUCGAGAAAUUUAAUAUUCCCUUAGUUCAGAGGCGAAGAAAAAUGCAAAGAAAUGGAACAAAAAGUGACGGAUCUUCUGAAGGGAAGUAUGCUCGCCGCGGAGCAAAGAAACUACAAAGAGGUCAGAUUUUGCCAAAUUUGUGAAAUCUUUAUUGGAUAAUUAAUUUUUUAUUUUCUUAAAAAUUUCUAAAGAGCGAUAUUGAAGCUCAAUGUUAAAGAAACCUUGAUUAGGCGCUCGACAAGGCGAAAGACGCUGGCCGACGAGAGCGGGCCGUCGUGAAGUACCGCGAACAGCACUCGAUGGUCGAGUCCAUGAACCUUGACCUCACAUUCACGGUCCUGUUCAACCUGGCUCAACAGGUUUUCAACUUACCUUCCCUUGCCUGAAACUUCGAAAAACUUUUUUCAGUACCAAAAUAGCGAUAUGUUGAACGAAGCCCUCAACACGUACGAGAUAAUUGUCAAGAAUAAAAUGUUUCCUAACUCCGGGAGAUUGAAGGUGAUUUUUUUCAAAAUAUAUUGAAUCAAACGAUAUUACAUGAAAAAAAUACAACAAACUUUUUAAUAAAUAACCCAAAAUUAGCCAUUCUUGGCUAAUUUUGGAUCCAAUUGGAUCAAUAAAUUUCCUUUCGAAAAAACGCGAUGUUUCAUUAAUUUUAUACAUUGCGUACAAAACAGCAGACCAUACGUAAUUGAAAAGGUGUUGUCAUGUCGCGAAAAAAAGGAAUUCACUCAAAUAAAGUUCACGUUAGGUCAAUAUCGGGAACAUCCACUUCAAGCGGAAGGAGUACAACAAGGCGAUCAAGUACUACCGAAUGGCGUUAGACCAGGUUCCUAGCAUCCAGAAAGAAACUAGGUUCCAACACUUGAAUUAGAAGUAAAUCUGAUUUUUUUUAGGAUAAAGAUUCUCAACAACAUAGGAAUUGCAUUUGUCAAAAUGGGAAACUACGACGACGCUCUGAGCACGUUCGAUCAUUGCGUCGAAGAAAAAGCCGACUUCAAAAACGCUCUGAAUCUUGGUGAUUCCCUGUUUUUUUUUAGGUCCAAUCUGGAAUUAUUGUAGUCGUAGCGAGUUUUUGUGUGCAAGAUGUUGAAAAAAUGAGAGAGGCAUAUCAGAAACUGCUCGAUAUUCCGCUGGAUGACGACGACGAUCAUAAAACUAGCCAGGUUUUAUCAAAAUUUGUGGAAGUGAAGAGGAACUUGAACGAAAUUUACAGGAAAAGGAAGACGUUCUGAUGAUUCAAGUGCUCAAUUCGGACAGUUUGAAGCUGUGGGAGCGGAUGAAGAGAAGCGAGGCUGAGCGAGCCAUCAUGACCGCCACGAAACUCAUCAGCCCUGUCAUCGCAACUGAGUCCGCUUUUCGAGAGUUGCUUGGAGAGAUUCUGAUAAUUUUCAAUUUUGAACGAAUAUUCGUAACGUUUCAGCAGCACGGCGGGCUACGAGUGGUGUCUGGAAACGAUAAAACAGUCGGUUCAUGCGUCGCUCGCCACGGAGCUGGAGAUGACCAAGGCUGGCGAAAUGCUCAAGGAUGGCGACAUUGAGCAGGCUGUCGAGGUGAGUCCAAAAUUAACGAUGGCUUGAAAAUCUGAGGUUAAACGAAGGACAUGAAGUUGCUCGGAACCACUAAUGCAUCUUGUUUGAAAUUCAGAACUCCCCAAGAAAAUCAUAAAAAGAUACAGCUUGCAGGUGCUCAAAGUUUUCAACUCCCAGGACACGAAAACAGCCAGUGCCGCUGCGAAUAACCUGUGCAUGAUUAGACUUUUGGUUUGCAUUUUGUUGUUCUGGAUAAAAUAUAUAUAAUUUCAGGAAGGAGGUCCAAAGUUGGCUGAAUCGCAGAAAUAUGCAGAGCAGGCCUUAUCCAUGGAUCGCUAUAAUGCAAACGCCUUGGUCAACCAAGGUGAAAUAAUUUUAAAAAUUCAAACAAUUUUCAAAACUCUUGAACCUGUUUUGACUCUGAAACCUGCUCAGCAAAGACAAUAACCAUAUUUUUAUUCCUAUCAAAGUUAGGUUCCAAAAACGGUUUUCACUAUUUACAAGAGUGUGGGCCCGUUGGUAGUACCAUCGAACAAACUGCUCCACCAUGUUGGAACAGUACAGCGAUGAGAACCCAAACACCAAUUUUAAAACUGAUAAACCAAUCUGUUGAAAUCUUAAAAAGGAAAAGCUUACUGAAAAACGACUUUAUUAUUAUCAUUAAUUGACAAUAUUUUGAAUGGAAAAAGGCUUGCCCGCUUCUUGACCUUCUGGUAGUUUUAUCAGUUCAACUUCUUGUUACUUGGCUUUCGGAAAAGUAACCGCAUUUUCAUGUUAAAAAACUGAUUACCUGAAUAGUCUUACCUGCGAUUCACCUCCAGGUAACAUCGCCUACAUGACGGGAGAGCUCGAAAAAGCGCAGCAUUGUUACCGAGAAGCCCUGAACAGCGAGGCGAGCUGCGUCCAGGCCAUGUACAACAUGGGCCUUGUCCACAGAGCUCAGGGAAACGUUGAGCAAGUCUGUUCCUCAUUUUUGAAGGAGUCAUAGUUAUUCUCAUAGGCUCUUGAGUGUUUCUACAAGCUGCACAACAUCUUGCUCAACAACGUCCAAGUACUUUGUCAACUGGCUGGAAUGUAAGGAAAUAUCAAAUAUGAGCAUUUUUUUCAAGGAGUACUGUAUGUUCGAGUCCGCACUGCGACGUGUGCAAUUUGUGUGUAUGCACUUUCUGAUAAAGCCAUCGCCAUUUCUUUAUGAGUUUUUUUCAAUUUAACUGUAAACACUCAAAACAGAAACAAAAAAGUUUGAAAAAAUGUUAGAUUAAGAAAACUGGGAGACUAACCAUUCAGGAAGUGGACACAAAGUGGGAAUGCGGAUUUUAACAUACAGUAAUCCUUGUCAAUGAAACUCGCCGAUGUCGUACUGGCGAAACACUUAAUGGCCACUAUAAUGUUUUUUGACGUGUUUGUGGCUAAGUAGUCAAAUUAGUGGCCUCUCUGAAAAUCUGAGUAGUGUUACUAGACCAUUAAAAUAACUAUAGUGGCCACUAAGACGCAAUGUAGUGCCUUCUGUAGGGUUGUUUUUAGUGACAACUUUAGUUUCCUAUCCAAGUAUUCCUUGAGAAGCCACUUAAGUGGCCACUAGAGUUUUUCCCAGAGUAUUUCCAAACUUCAGCUACGAGUCAUUGGAAGACUCUGCGCAGGCCAUCGAACUCUACAGCCAAGCCAAUAGUCUAGUUCCAUACGAUCCUUCCAUUCUGAACAAAUUGGCGGCCAUUUUCGACGCGGAGGGCGACAAAACUCAGGCCUUCCAGUGCCACUAUGACGUCAGUACUUUUCCACCAUUUUCCUGACUUUCAUAGGUUAAGAGUUACCGAUAUUACCCGUCGAACAUGAAAGUGAUCGAGUGGAUGGGCGCCUACUACAUCGAAACUCAGUUCUCUGAAAAGGCCGUCAAUUACUUCGAGAAGGCGUCCAUCAUGCAGUAAUCUUGUUUUACCUUCAAUUUCAAAGCCUUUUCUUGAGACCCAACGAGAUCAAAUGGCAGUUGAUGAUGGCGUCCUCCCAUCGCAGGGCCGGAAACUACCAAAAAGCUCUCGAACUGUACAGGAAUAUCCAUCGAAAGUUCCCCCAGAAUAUCGAUUGUGAGUUCGAGAGACAAAAAGUCUCUUUCUUAAUCUGCGAUUUCCAGGUUUGAAGUUCCUGGUGAGAAUCACAACAGAUCUUGGGAUGCCCGAGGCGAAGGAAUACGUCGAGAAGCUCGAAAAAGCGGAAAAGUGAAGAUUUUUCUCAGUCAAAAAAAAAAAAUGGUGUAAUUUUUGUAGAGUUCGACAGCUCCGGAUGCAGCGAGAAUCGGACUCGAGUCAAGGGAAACGGCAUUCCGCCAAUUCGACUCACUCUCUUCCAGUUCCACAAACAGGUGAGGCAUCAUUUUUCAAUUCAUGUUAUCAAAUUAAGGCUUGAUAAAUUGCUAAUUUUUCGCUUGGAUCAGUUUUCAGCAAAAAGGAAAACGAAGCUUAAUAUUACCUAGUUAAACUUAUAUUUCUCACGUCAAGACUGAAAAUCUUCGUUUCACUUUCGUUUUUUUGUUUCUAUAAGCAGAAGUGGAACUUUUUUUUUUCAUUUUUAGUUUCAGAAGUUUGAAAUUUUUUAUUUUCAGAGUCCUCAUAACCUUUUUUUGCUAGAACGAAGAAUCAUUAAUUUUUAUUCAUUAUUAAAGUAUUUUUGAAAGUCAAAUCAUUUUUCAUUCAUUGAAAUAGUUCAGUACUUUUUUGAGCUGCUUUUUUUCUGGACUUUUAGAAAGCUGUCUGUGCCCUCUUUACUCGGACUAGAUGAAAAACAAAGUCUGUUAAAGUUAUCGAGAAAGCACAGACUGAUCAAACUAUCGAAUGAUACUAAGAAAGAUUUGACACAUAGUGGACUGAACCGUAUCGUGACCUCAACACGUUCAGCCAUUCCAAAUGCGACCUUCAGAUAUCAUCACAGAGUUUCAAAUAAAGAGAAAUUGCAGGAGAUCGACCGAACUCGCUCAACAGCGUGAGAAUGCACAGUGCAAGUAUCCUGGCAGCAGAUGCGCAGCCAUUCAGUGUGUCUCAAAGGGACAUGAGUGAGACAUCACCUUAAGAACUUCUAAAAGGAGACUUUCCAGGGUCGGCUGAUUAUUCCUACGCGGAUCCUCUCGGUCCAUCCAUCCCAAGGCCAAAAACGGGCGGCAAAAGGACACAAAAAGACGAUUCUUUCGACGAUUUGGACGAUUCCAUGCUCCCCCAAUAA